UGUGAGAAAAUAAUUAAUGAUCAAGUUUAUAUGAUGUCUGAUAGAGAUUAAUGAUGAUUUUUCAUCAUGUAUUUGUAAAUUGUUAAAAAAAAAGCUACUGACUGAUAUUUUUAAAUAAAUAUGGAAACACCAGAUCAGUCAUCUGGUGUUAUAUCUGGUACGACAAUAUCACAGUCUGGUGAAAUUGUGUUAGCAAAGUUUGAAGCUUUAACUUCUCAUACUGGUGAUUCCACUUCGCAGUUAUCAACUGAACAAAUUGGGGAACAAGUUCUUGGCUACUUAGAAGUGCAGCCGUCCGAAGUGCAGUUGGUGCAGGACAGUAACACAAUUUAUCUUCAGCCACAAGAAAUUGAAAUUGAUGGUGAACAUCUAAUUUUAACUCAAGGUGAAGAAGCAGGUGAAAUAAUUGUUGUAGUAAGUACUGAUCAAGAACAUUCUGCAGAUCAAGCAGUUGCUGAAUUAGCUCAAGGAACUGUUGUUAAUGCAACAAUGAUGCAUUCUGAGAGUGGAGACAAUAAACCACGUAUGUUUGUUGUAAAUCAGUCAAAUGCUCAGUUUGAUGUUGUGAGUGAUGAUGGGAAGAUGACUUCUGUGCGAACAAAUGUAGAAUCAGAACAGGCGGUUAAACCGGUUUCUGAACCACUUUUAAUUCCUGUACAGAAUAAUCAAACAGAAAGUAAUGAAAAUAAAAAUGUGGAUAGUGAUAAUCAACAAUUAGAUAGUGCAAAAACUUCCAGUAAUAAAAUGGAAAGUGCUUCUGAAUCCAAAGAAAUUGCCAGUAUACCAAAGAUUGUUUUAAAUUCAGAAGAAGAAUUGAGAGACAGAAAAUUGAUGGAAUUAGCAUGUUUGGCACAAGAAAUGCGCAAAGAGGAGACUUGUACAGAUACUGAAUCUGUUACAAAGAAAGAAGAAACUAAACAGGAAAAUACAACAGAAAAUACAAUUGAAAAACCAUCAGAAAACAUAGAAGACCAACAAAAAAAUUCUAAAAAUUAUGAGUCAACAAGUAAAACUGAUGUUUCGGAAACAGAUGAUAAUGUUGAAAGUACCUCAAAAGAUGUUUUAAAAAGUAAUCCAUGUAUAUCUAAUUUUCCUGAAACAAAUGUUGAAAUUACAGAUAUUUCUGAAUCAUCUAAUGCUGAAAUGUCAACUACAAUUAAUACAAAUCAAAAUUUGGGACCUGAAAUAGAAGAAACAGAAAAUGUAAGAGAUUUACAACAAGAUAAUUUACCUCUUGAUGAAUUUAGUCAAAUAUCUCAGAAUGAUCAGUCGGUUCCAAAUGAAGCUUCUCUUAUAAAUGCAACUGAAAAUACAUCAUUGAUGGUUCCAGAUAAAUCAACAGAACAAAAUCCAAUUUCUCCUGACACAACAAUAUAUUCCCAAGACACUCAUCAAAUUGCAAAUAUAGAAUCACAAUAUGGUGAGAGUCAAUGUAUUAAUGUGUCAGAUUCUGUAGAAAACAAUGAAGUUAAAAGUCCAUUAAUAGAAACAAAUAAUGAGGAAAAAGAUUCAGUCAGUUCUUCUCAAGAUAAGAAUGAAAAUACUGCAGGCGAAUUUCAGGAAACAAGCAAAAGUGAUUUAAGUUCCGCUAGUGUGUCACAAGAAGAAAAAUCAGAAAAUUAUUUAUCCGAAAAUAAAGAAAAACUGUCAGAGUCAGAAGAAACUAAGGUUUUACAGAAUAAUUCUAAUGUUAAUCCUAUUAAUGAAUUAACUGAAAUAAAUCAGACUGAAACUAAGUUAGAAACAGUAAGUGGAUUAGUAAAUACAGACAACAGUCAAAUCAAAUUAAAUGAAUUUAACACUGAUUCAGUUAAAAAUGAUUCAAUGAGUUCUACUGGUGAAAAUUCUGCAGAAAAACCAAGUAAUGAAUGUAAAAUUAUUUCUUCUUCAGUAGACACAAACUCUCAGUCAAAAAAUGACUCUAAUAUUAUAGAGGAAACAAUAAAGUGUGUUCAAGAUGUUAUAAACACUACUGAAAAAAUUUUAAGAGUAUCAGUUAAUGAUGUGAAUAGAAAUAAACCAGUAGAAGAUACGGUAACUAAACCUCCUGAAUCUAGUCAAAUUGUUACAGGUGAAAGUUCUAUUGACAAUAGCUCUGAUCAAGUAGUUCCACAAAUAGAAGUAAAUGAAAUUACAGAGGGAGAUACAGAUACAACAAGUGAAAGUACUCAAGAUAAAAACAUAUCCAUUUCUGUUAAGUCAGAUAAUGUGGAAAAUUUUAAGUCAUCUGAAAAUCAGUCUGAUAAAGAAAGUAUUAUAAAAUCAGAUAUAAAACAGCAACAGCAAAAGAAUGAAGAAGUACUUAAAACCAUUCCAGUUACUGAGAAAAGUAAAGCCUGUGAUUCCAAGUCUGAUAAUGAAAAUCAAAUUGCAUUACAACAAAACAAAAUACAAACAAAGACUGAUAAAGUCACUGAUAGUGUUAAAGAUAAAAGUCCUGUUUCUGUUGUAUUACAAUAUGGCAAUCAAGGAAAGAGCAGAGUUUCUAAAUCACCUAAAUCAGAACCUCAAAAGGAACAAAGCACUCUUACCACAAGAUCUGCUGCAGCAAGGCAAAAACAAGGUCGCUAUCCUGUUGUUAUACACUUAAGAGAUUCUAUUGCAAAGAAUCAACCUGAAAAAGUACAGAAUAAUGAAGGAGGUGAUAAAAUUAAUAAACUUGCAAGUAAAGAAAGUGAAAUAACUAAAAUAGAAGAAAAGAAAAUAAUGUCACAAAACUUGUCUGAAAAAGUAACUACUAGAAGCAAAGAAUUGGUUACAGAAAAUGAAAAGGAUACAUUUAAAGAACAAACAUUAAAUGAAGAAAAUAAAAAUGAAUGUGUUUCAGAUAAGUUAAAAGUUACUAAUAUAAAUGAAAAACUAAACAAAGAAAACGAAGCAAGGAGUGUUGUGUCAAUGAUACCAGAGCCACCAAAAAUUAUUGAAAGAGAUGAAGAACUAGAUGAAAUUAUAGAUGAAGGGUUAAGAAGAUGUGCUGAAAUGAAACGAUCAUUAAAAGCAAAUGCUGAUGCAAAACAAAAUUUGAAUAAUGUGGAAGAAAAGAAAGAGAAAUGCGAAGAAAAGACCAUUGAGAAAAAUAUAAAAGAAAAUGAUGAGUCAUUGAGCAAAAAUGAAAAUGAUUUAGAUCACUUAAAAGCAGUAGAUGAUGACUCUAAACAUAAUGCAAAAAAUGAAUUAACUUUGCAAACUACUUUAUCAGAAGCAGAUGCUUCCUUUCAGUUGGUUUCAGAAUCUUCAGAUGAGAAAAGUGAGUGCUUAACACCUAAAAUUCAAAAACAGUUUCAAUUAUUAAUUUCUCCAGAAAAAUCAGAUGUUGAAGUUGAUUUAACUUCCAUAAAAUCAAAAAUUUCUCAAAAAUUACAAUAUGACUCUGUAUCUGAGCUAAAUGAAUGUCAGAAUGAUACUGAUGUAAUGAAUGAAGAACAGUUGUCAUCUGAAUUAAAACAGAAAAAGUUAGAUUCAGAAAUUCAAACAUCAGUGGAUUCAACUAGAACUAUUUUAUCAAAUGAUAAAUCACCUGAAUUGGCAUUAGACGACUCCACCUUAGAAACUCCUAAACGAAGAGGUCGUAAACGUAGAACAACUGCAGAGUCAAGUUCUGAAAAGAAAAAGAAAAUGGAUACUAUGGAUGAUACAGAAACAACUGAUAAGGAGCUGCAGGGAAGAAAAUCAUCACCUAGGAAGAAAGGUAGGAAAAGAAAGAGUGAACUUGAGUGUGAACAACAAAAACAACAGAAAUUGGAUUUUGAUAAAUUAACAGGAAAAAAGACAAAUGUUAGUUUGGAUAAUAAACAAGCAAAAUCUCCUGCUCAGAAAAGUUGGUUUUUGAGACCACGAGGUAGCUCAUCCAAAGAAUUACCAGUGAAUUCUGUCAAUGAAAAGACAGCUAAUAUAUUAAAUGUUAGUGACAAUAAUGAAAAUAAACUUAAUGAACAAAUGGUAUUAAAUCAAACUCCCAUUGUAUAUCACAAUUCAGUAAUUGAUGAUACACAAAAUACGAUUUCCUCUCCAGUGCCUCAAGAUCAAUUAAACGACGAUAGUGAUAAAAGUGAAAUUUCAGAGGACCAAGUAUCUCGACCAGUUCUCAUGACUCGUAAUGAAUUUCUUAAUUCUAGUUCAUUAUCAUCUAAAAAUAAAAGACAAUACUCAAGAAAGCACAUUAAAUCAAAAUCUGUGAAUUUGAGUGUACAGAAAGCACAAUCACCUCGAAAAUAUUCUCCAAAAUCAAAGACAGACUCAUCAAUUACUCUUCAAAGAAAGAAACAUGUAAGGUCUAAGACAGAAUCAUCAUUGCAAAUUCUUCCUGAUUUGAAAGAAUCUUGUGCAUCUCCUGUGAAAGUGUGUGACUUUCGUAUCAGAUGUCAAACUCCUAGUACUCCGUCCGAAAAAUCCCUGACUUAUUCAUGUGUCGGUUGCCGUUUCCAAACCUCUAGAGUUCAAAAUUUAAUUCAUCAUUAUAGAGAGAAAUGUCUCUACACUGGCCCAGAUGCAUUCCAUUGGGAUGUGGAUCAGUUAGAAGGUGCAAGAAAAGAAGAAUCUAUGAAACCUAAAGAAAAUACAGUUAAUACUAAACAUAUUAUUGAUGCUACUAGUAAAUCUGCUGUUACUUCUAGGAUACAAAAUGCAACAAAACAACGUCAAAUUAAAAGUGGAAACGAUUUGGAAAAAGCAGAAAAUUCAGAUUCUGAUCUUGACGAUCUUCCUCCAGCUUUUGACACACCAUCCAAAAAAAAAUUUGGAUUUACAGAUGAUGAUGUAGUUUGGGUGGAAUGGAAAAAUUUGCAUUGGCCUGCAUUAGUAAGAAAAAUUUAUAUGAAACAAAAAAAGGCUUCAAUUAUGUUUAUUGAUAGUCCAAGUAGCAAGAAACCAGGUAUUAGGGUUCCAAUUAAAAAAAUAUCAACAUUUGAUAAUGCUGAAAGAAAUAAAAAGUUUUUGAGUGCCGGACGAGUAACUUCACAUGCUGAUACGCUUGUGAAAGCUGUUCAGAAAGCAGAAGAUUUUCUUCGUAAGCGUUGUCUCGGUGUUAAUAUAACAGCUGCACAGUUUUUUGGAAAUUUGGAUGAUAUUCCAGACUAUAUUUCUGAUGUUGGAAGUUCUACUGGAACUCCUUCUGAACCAGAUUCUUUGGCACGAGAAAGGCAUUUGUCUGAGGUUUCAAGUUCGAGAUCGAUUUCACCUGCUUUGAGAUUAACUCAAGAGGAACAAGCAAAGGAUACUGAAAGUUUACCUGGAGAGUCCAAUGAAGGUUCUGAUCCAGAAGCUCUAGCAAGGAGAAAAGAGAGACGCAAACAUCAGAAUGCCAAACUGCUUCAGUGUAUUAAAGCUGGAAAAAUAGAGACUCAUUUAUUAGGUGUGUAUCGCAGUACAAUACCAAGUGAACGACAUAAAUUGUUCCAUAGUAAUGUUGCUUCUGAGAGAAAUAAACUAAAACAUGUUUCAUGGUUUGGACCAAUUGAUGAUGAAGAACAGCAAGAAGAAAUAUAUGAUUAUUGCUUGCAAUUGUUCAAAUCAUCAUGUGAAUAUAAAGAUACAUUUGAUGUUGUUGCUUACAUGUUUGAAGUUUGGGUUCCAGAGGCAAUCGUGAGAGCCAUAGCAAGAGUACGUAGAGUAAAAAUGAAUCAGGCAGAGAAUAUUUUUUCGAGAGGAGUGAAUUGGAGCAAGGCCGAAAAGGAAGAGGCAAAACGAGAAUUUGAAAACUUCCAGAUGACGGAUGAAGAGCGUCAGGAACACAGAGAAAAUAUGGCUGACAGUCUGAGAAUCGCCGGUGUAAAAGAAGACAUUAUCCAGUCAUUGAAUUUGUAAUUUUAAUCACUAUUUUAACUACAUGUAAUUUUUCCAUAAACAAAUAUAAAAAAACUAAACGUAAAAAAAAUCAACUCCAAAUAUUUCAGUUUUCCAGUUAAGGGUGAAGUUUUCUUCCCGUAUUUGCUUGCUACAGAUAGCGAUAUUUGAAAGUUGUACGACUGUAAAUUACAAAAUAUAACUAGAAUUUUUUUAUUUAUUAGUGCUUGAUUACAUUCUACAUCAGAAGAAUAUCAGUUUUUAUCAACAGUUAAAAAGCAGUUAGACAAAUCUAUAAAGGAAAUAGGUCAUGUAAUUGAGAUUUUAAAAUGUACCCAAAAUUUUUUUUAUUAGUAGUGCUAUGAUAUGUUGUACUUAACACAUUGAACGUCAUGUACAGGAAUUCUUGAAUAUGGAAAAGUUUAAAUUGUCUUUGUUGCUUUGCAUUCUGAAUUUCCUAAUUAUAUGUCAUUAGGAUAAUUAUUAAAUAAUUAAUAAAGAAGUAAUUACAAGUUGUAAGAACAAAGAUUGUGCCAAAUUGAAUAAUAGAUUUAUAUAAAGUCCAGUUUGUUUUUUGUUUUUGAAAUCACAAGAGCAUUUUACAUUGAGCUUAAUACACCUUGCAUAUUUUAAAUUUGAAUUAUAUAGUAUGUUUGUAGUUUUAUGUAUUAUAAUUAGUUGGCUACAUAGAAUAUAUCUGUUAUUUGCUUAUUUUGUUUAUGCAGUCAAUUUAAAAAAGUUUAAAUUUGUCGAAAUUCGAAUGUAAUGGGAACUCAAAAGCAUACUUGCUGCAGUUUGGGUCAAAAAUUUUUGGUCUCGUAAAGGAAUUAUGCUUUGCCCGUUAUUCAAAAUCUUAUUCUCAUUCGUUUUAAUUUGUAUUCUAUUAUAAGCAGUUUCAACAAUCAUGCCUGUUGUUUAUAUGAGAAGGAAAAAUAUUUGAAAUAGCUUUAAGAUUUGUAUUGGUAAGGGGUUUUGCAUUAAACAUCAUCAAAUUAUAUAUACAUAUAGACAUACACAAACACAACACAAACAUAUAUAUAUAUACUGUAAAAAUGUUUUGCAUAUAUAAAACAUUGCAAGUUUAUAGAGUACAUAAAAAAGUACGAAUUCUAUAAUUCUAAAAUACGCAUUUUUAAUUGUUGUCAUAUGGUCUGUAGAACCAUAAUUCCUAUGUGAGGUUUCUAUAUAGAUUUAUUUGUUGAGAUAGAAAUUUCCGUAUUUAGAAAUAUUUAAGUAUAUCGGUGACGCCUACGCUAUAUGUUUUUUUUUACAUAUAUAUGUUACACAUAAAAAAACACCCAUGUAUGCAUAUAUAUAUGUUGAAUAUGUACAUUAUGAAAAAAAUGAUAUUAUGACGUUCUUUAUAAGCUCAGUUUAAGGAAGUCCGAUUCAAUUUUGUUUCUCUUGUAGUAGUAUAAUUUGAAAGGUGGAAAAAUGCCUUAUUAGAAGAGAAUAACUACAAGGAUGCUUUGUAAAAUUCAUCCAAUUAAAAAUAAUGUGUAAUGAAUUAGUUUUAUCAAAUUUUUCCACAUUGUUAUUAAAUGUUGAAUUUUAAUAAUAAUAAUAAUAAUAAUGAUGAUGAUGAUGAUUUUAGAAUUGCUUUUGUUUAUUUUUGUCAUAGUCCAUUGGAAGCAUUAUGUAAAUCAUGAUAUUACACUGCCUAUUUAAAUACGAAAUUUUAGAAAUCAAUUUUUUGCAUGCAACUGCAGUGUCGUCACGACUGAUGGGAGAAUAACCAUAGCUUUUGAAAAAAUGACUUAAAAAAAUAAAAAAAAGAACAUUGUAGUAAUGGCUGCAUCGUGUCGUGCGGUAACAUGUUGCAUAGUCUUUAAAAUCUCAUAUUUUCACUCCAGAUCUACGGAAUGUUUGCUUUUUGUGCGUAAAUGUUCAACCGUGGAGAAAAAGGCAACGUUCGGACGACAAAAAUAAAUAUAUAAAUAUAUAUAUACACAAAUAUAUAUAAAAAAAUUUUUUGUGUAAUUUUAUGUAGUUGAUAUCAUCAUUGUUACAAGAAAUAAUUCUUGAAAAAGUUUUUGAAUUUGUCUCCUGUAAUCUGGUUCUUGUGUCUAUUAUUAUUUUGUUAUAAAUGUUUGGUGAUGUGAAAUUUAUUGCAUUCCUUAAUGUAACGUACAUGGUGUAUUUUCACCAGAACUACGAGAUGUCUUGUUCGGGGUUGCUCGUCGAAUCCUUGUGAAAAAUAAAGGCUUGUCAUUUGUUUUUCAA